AUGGGCGGCUCUCUUUCAAAACCAGCUUCCUCACUGGACAAUGUGGUCUGCCAGCCAGCUUUUGCGACUGACUUCUUUGAUGAGGGCGAUUCUGUCAUGAUCUUGCGUCAAGGUUGCGGCGCUGUAGCCGCCAGCAAGAACGUCACUUCGCAGUAUACAGAAACCAAGCUCAACGAGUGCCUUACAGUGCCUACUGAAGAGAAUGACCUCAUGGUGGCUGUUCGGAUCUCUGUUUACCACUGCGGACUCAAGACCGGAGUGACUUGCUGCUUUGAUGUCAAGGUGACGACGCGGAUCGAAGAACUUGCAGAGAAAUUUUGCAAGAUUAACGGCAAACCCAAUGGUUACUACACCUUCGUUGCUCAUGGAAUGCCAAUUGAUGGCACUCAAACCCUCUCUAUGGCGACAGAAGUCGCAGACGUGCCUUUGAUCAACUUGAGGGCAAUCGUAACUGAAUAUCUCGAUAAAAACGCACCAGCUCUUCCACCCAUUUCUUCUGAGCAGAGACACUUGUUGCAUAUUCGAGUCACGCAGACACUCAUGAACCGGUACUUCCAGAAAAGGUCGAACAUGGAGAUUCACGAGGUGAACAGGCGGUGCGGGUCUGACGUCGACCCAGAUGGCUUCCAUACUGUUUGGAUUACAGUACAUGAUACACAGGCAGAUGGAAAGUUCACUUACAGCUAUGUGUUCUUCAAGAUCAACAAAGUAACCAAGCUUUGGAUGUUGGCUCGAUCUCUAUGCCAUGCCCUGAAGAAGCCAGCCGGAUACUACGUCAUUUUCUACGACGCGUUUUUGGUCCAGUCGACUGACAUAUUGGCAACGGUUCCGAUGGCCUGGAGCAGGAAGAAUCGCAUCGGAAUUCAUGCGUUCCCCCGGCAGGUUGUAAAGCUAAUGGUGGACAAUCUGGUGGAUGACCAGAUUACACGCAACAACUUGUGGUCACAACAAGGUACUUUGGAGCAGUUACGCGCCAAUCGCAGAGCAGACUAG